UGAACUGGAGCGGCUGAGCAACCUGGUUGGGAAACCGUCUGAGAACCAUCCCCUGCACAACAGCGGACUGCUGAGCCUAGAUCCUGUUCAGGAUAAGACACCUCUUUACAGCCAACUUCUUCAAGCCUACAAAUGGUCAAAUAAGUUGCAGUACCACGCCGGGCUAGCAUCUGGCCUUUUGAAUCAGCAGUCUUUGAAACGUUCAGCCAACCAGAUGGGAGUAUCUGCAAAACGCAGACCAAAAGCCCAGCCAACAACUCUUGUCUUGCCUCCUCAAUACGUCGAUGAUGUGAUCAAUCGGAUUGAUAGGAUGUUCCCUGAAAUGUCUAUCCAGCUGUCCCGGCCAAAUGGAACCUCUGCAAUGCUUCUGGUUACCUUAGGAAAAGUGUUAAAAGUGAUAGUGGUGAUGCGGAGCCUCUUCAUUGACCGGACAAUAGUGAAAGGGUACAAUGAAAAUGUCUAUACUGAGGAUGGCAAGCUUGACAUUUGGUCUAAAUCCAACUAUCAAGUUUUUCAGAAGGUAACGGAUCAUGCCACCACGGCUCUAUUGCACUACCAGCUGCCUCAGAUGCCGGACGUGGUAGUCAGGUCUUUCAUGACCUGGUUAAGAAGUUACAUAAAGCUGUUCCAGGCUCCAUGCCAGCGCUGCGGAAAGUUUCUGCAGGAUGGCCUGCCACCCACAUGGAGGGAUUUCCGAACUCUCGAGGCUUUCCACGACACUUGCAGGCAGUAG